UUGUCUGCACUCGAGUCUAACGGUGCUAUGCAUUGCAUAGUAAUAUCAAUACAGUUGUGAAGUCGACAAUUGAAUCAUUCAUUUCAGUCAUUCAGUCAUUCAUUCAGAUGUGUGACUAUACAAGUGGUUUGACCUUUGCUUAGGAAAAGGGAACUGUAGUCACCAUACAAUGCAUUGCCAUAUAUCAUAACAUUUCAAUUAAUUAAUUAUUUUAUUUGAUGUUUUAAUUGUCUCACAACUGAACCAAUGAUUUUAUUCACAACUCAAUGAUUGCAUUUGUUUUAACACAAUCAGUAUGUUUGAGACUUUUCUCAAUGCAAUCUUAAUAGUCUCAGUCAUGCUAUCAGUCAUUUGUGAUCACAAUAUAGUCAUCAGAAACGACCGCAUCUAUCGUUAUGUGGGAAAUGAAUCCAACCUAUCAUCACAUGACAGUCCAAAUAUACAGUCAUCCCAUGAGAUGUUGGACAACAAGGAUCUCAAUAAAGUGGAUCAGAAAACUCACGACUCUAUCAUCACAAAACAUGUACCGCAAAAAAUCCCCGAAUCAUUUCUAAUACAAAUGAAAGACAUUAAAAAUUCUGACGAUUUUAUCGAUAAGUUUUUAACAAUUUCUAAUCACGAAGAGCACAGUAAUGAUGUUUUUGUUCAAUAUUUGCAAAGUAGUGAUACAGAUGAAAAAAAUCAAUCAAUUGAUGAAAUGGAUAUCAAUGAAAAAAAGAAAAAGUUAACAAAAUUGCCCAAAAUUGCCAGCCCGGCUGGUUGUAUACCCGAAAAGAAAAUUAUUGAAUUGGAAACACCUGAUAAUGAUAAUGAAUUAUAUUAUCCCUCUUGUAUUCGGAUAUCCCGGUGCUCGGGUUGCUGUUCAAGUGAACGAUUACAAUGUGUUGCUCUUAACACAUCAUUUGAGGACAUAUCUGUGAUUCGCGUUAAAUACUCGUCUGAUGAAAGACGCCUCAAAUUUGAAGGCUUUAAAGUGUUUCGUAUUGAAAGACAUGACAGAUGUGUCUGUGAUUGCAUUCAAAAGGCAUUUCAUUGUAAGCCAAACCAAGUCUACUCCGAUAGCGAGUGUCGAUGUCUUUGUCCUAAUGUUUCACAAAUCAUUGAUUGCCAAAACUCCGAUUAUAAACAAUGGGAUUACAAUUUGUGUGAAUGUAAAUGUAAAUCAAUACAAUUAUGCUCAACUGGGUUUGUAUUUAAUAAUAAUAUAUGCCGUUGUGAACCAGAAAUAGACAUAGAAGAAGACAAAUUAUCAAAUGGUGACCAUCCGGACGUGUCGUUUGAUAUCAAUGAUAGCAAUAAUAAACUAAAUAUACAUCACUAUGUGUUGGACAAGAAAAUGGAUAAUGAAAUGAAUGCCGAGAAAAAUAAAGAUUUUGAUGUCAUCAGUGGUAUUAAUCCCGAUAUUAAUGAUAAUUAUCAACAAACAUCU